GAUGUUUGAACUCUUCCGGGCCUUUUGCUCGGGGGGCAGCUGUGCUCGCGCCGAAAGCAGUGAUGGCGCUCUAGCCCCGCCACCUCCAAGCCAAAGCCGUCCAGACUCCAAAGGCGGUGGAGGCUUUCUCGACGCCUUGUCGCUCAAGCCCUCGAUUGUGGAUGAUGGAGAGUUGCUGUUCCCGCCACGCCAGGUAAGGCCCCGCGGUUCCAGCGUUCGGCCGAAGGGUGCAAGGUGGUCCCAGCGCUCACAGUACACUGGCGCGGACUUCCAGGACCUGCCCAAUGCAGGUGCUCUCCGCCAUUGGCCCAGUGAAUCGCGGCCCUAG